AUGCCACGGUCAACCGUUCCACCGUUCCCUCCCAACCCAAUAGGAUCACCAUCUCUGCCCGCCGCAGUUCCUCACCAGACACCAGUGUCAUCGGUCUUGCCGAGCGAAGAAGAGUUGGCUGGCGUUGAGCCUGGUCCCGACCCGUAUGUACCAAGGCACACCUCCGGUCCUUCGGCGUCGCCCCCUACGGUGAAUGGGAAUCAUGUUUCCCAUGGACCAAGCCCAUACGAGCUCCCGCGAGUAGCAUCCCCCUCUCAAAGAGGGGCCUCUCCAUGGACGACCGGUAGCGCACGGCUGUAUGGAUCGACGACAUCUCCUACUGAUUAUGCAGGCGCCUAUUCACCAGCCCACAGCGCACCUGAACGGACGAAGUCUCCUGGCAGUGCGUCCGUGCGCUCUGUGCAGAGCGUUCAGAGGCAACAGGUCGAGAAGCCAUACCAAGGCUCGCUACCUAAGUCGCCGCCGAAACCACCUCGCACCUCUCCUCCUACACGAGUAUCUCCCAAUGCCUACGACCCGCCGCCGAUUCCGGACGCCAGAAGGGCCGUUUCCCCUUCGACGAUGCCCUCAAGGCCUUCCUCAGUUGUCAGCGGAGGAUAUGACCCUUACGCGCCGGCAGCGAACAACCGCAUGCGUUCCAUGUCGAACGGUUCCGUGUUGUCGUCUAUCUCCGCAAUACUAGAGGAUCCGUACACUCCCUCACGACACACUCGACAACAGACGAGCGACAGCAUGAAUAGCAGCUUCGAGCCCGCUCCUACCAAUGCGUAUGCUUCCCACGCAUCUACAGUACAUGACAGUCCGGCACAGGUGCUCACUGUACCUUAUCCGGCCCAGACAAUGUAUGCGCCGUCGCCGUCGCUCGUUGGGGCGAACGACCCACUAGGAAGGACGUCUGUCAGAGUACCCGUCAUCAGCUUUGGCUUCGGCGGAAAGCUCGUGACGUGCUUCCAUGGGUCCUCUGAGGGAGGUGGGUUUGAUGUCGCCUUGGCCUCUCGUCAAUCGUCCGAGGUCAAGCUCCACACACUGCACAAUGUCAUUCCGGAUUCGGCUCUGGACACGUCGGCUGCUUCGUACCCUGGUCCCUUGUUCUCGGACCCUGGCACGCCAACGACAAGCCUCGUCCGCACGGCUACCUCCACGCAGACCAAGACGAAAAAGGCACGCAUUGUCAAGUACCUGGAGGAGAGGGCCGAGGAGCUCAAUCGUGGUCUCGGAUACUUCCACUCUGACAGCUUGGAAGGACGGCGUGCUGAGGGUAAACAUAUCCUGGUUAAGUUGCUCAGAGUCAUGGUCGAGAACGACGGUCGAUUGUCUGGCAGUCCGCAUGUUGAUGCAGCUGUUCGCAGCGCCCUGACCCCUCGAGCAGCGCAACCGGCUUCCGAUGCCUUGCAAUUGGCUGCCUCGUUGAGUGGUGACCUGCAAUCGCCGAACCUAGCGGCUGUUUCACCGUUCCUGUCAUUGACCGCCUCUCAGGAUCCCUCAGAUGCGGUCAUUGCUACCCAUACUCUCCAGUCUUCACAUCUGGAUAAGAUCCAAGAAUUCCUUCUGCGAGGGGACCGGCGGGCGGCAUCUCACUACGCAUCGGACCAGAAGCUGUGGGCGCAUGCGAUGGUCAUCGCGAGUAGUAUAGACAAGGACGCAUGGAAGGAGGUUGUCACCGAGUUCGUCAGGACUGAACUGGCGAGUAAGCCUCAAGCGCCUGGCACGCAGGCGAAGGCAGCGACUGAUGGUCGUGAAGCUCUGAGAGUGGCUUAUAGCCUCUUCGCGGGGCAUGGACCUGCGUCGAUCCAGGAGCUGUUAACACCUAAGCCUUUUGCACCAACGGCAUCAACGCUUCAAGUGCCUCUCCCUUCGACGUCCUCGAUCACACCUGUAUCGGCUAGCUUCCCUGGUCCAUCUGAGCCCAUGAACAUUCCGUCGGAUGUGCUGGCCAAGUGGGCGGACACAGUGGCUAUGAUCUAUUCAAGCCCGAUCACAUUCGAGACAUCAUCUGCCUUGACUGCUCUCGGAGAUCAGUUAGUCGCAAAUCAUUGGUACGAGGCCGCCCAUGCAUGCUACUUGUUGUCUCCGCAGACGUCUCCCAUGGGCGGGAUAGGUAGCUCAAGUCGGAUGGUACUCCUUGGAAGUCCAAGCCCAUCUGUGUCGAUGAACUUCGCCAAGAAUCCGGACCCCUUGAUCUUCUCCGAGGUCGCAGAGUUUGCGCUGUCCUUGACGCCGCCUGCGAAGGGACAGGAUGCGUUUGCAGGUCUCCCCCAUCUGCAGCCAUACCGCUUGAUCCGUGCCGCUAGUCUCGCUGAGAUGGGACAUAUGCAGCUGGCAAACAGGUACUGUGAGGCUAUUUCAAACUGUCUCAACAAGAACUCGCCGUACAUCAAUCCGACCUUCCUCGAACAGCUGAGGGGUCUCAACGAUAGGCUCGUAGCCGCUCCUCACCUCGACAAGUCAGGAUCGUGGAUAACGUCCAAGGUAUCGAAACCCAGUCUCGAUGGUAUCGGCAGCUGGGUCGGGGGCCGCCUGACGAAGUUCAUUGCCGGAGAGGACUCCCCCGGACCUGACCAGCAAACACAUCGGCAACCGCAACAGCCUUUCAGCGGGCCCUUCUCUCAGUACAGUACGAUCUCCUCAACAACGAGCUCAGCUGUCCCGUCACCGCAUCAAUCAACUGUCAAUCUCGCGCAAAUUGCGGGUUCACCGCCUCCAUUCCGGACAGGUUCAGCGAUGGGUCUGCGAGCGCCAGCUGCGCCGCAGAUCAAUCGUGCCUCAUCUGCCAUGGACUACACGCGGCCUUCGCUGAGUCGCAAGUCUUCCCCUGUACCCCGCGUCGCGUCUGCAAACCCAGCGACGACAACGUUCGCAGACGCGUCGCUGUACAGCCAAGCACUCAACGUGCACGCCUUCGGAAGCAGUUCCAAGCAGAGCUUGAACGGAUACGGGACGCACGACGAUCAAAGCGCUGAUGGCGACUCACCGCAAUCAAACGGGCCGGCCCUGGGAUCAUGGUGGGGGGCAUCAGACGCUAGUGCCGCGACCCCGACUGCGUCCUCCUUCAUGCAGAACGACGAGUCUUCGGUGCCGACUGCGACGUCAGGCCAGUUCAUGUCGCUGAUGGAUGAUUACUCUGCGACGCCCACGGCGUAUCAGGCGCAGAGGUCGUUCUCUGACGACCCUCGUGCGUCAAUCGAGGAGGAGGAUGAGGAUGACUUGGGCCUGGGCAACUCCUUCAGUCGCGCGAAACGCCGAGCAAGUGAGGGCGAGCAGACUAGCGAGUCUGUACCUGCGCCUUCGAAGGAAGUGCCGAAAGAGGAGGCGAAUUCUGCCAAGGCCGAGGAGAAACCUGCUGCGUCCCCAGGCGGGUGGUUGAGUCGCCUGUGGAAGCGAGAGUCGACACCGGCCCCUGUCAGAGCCAACCUAGGCCAAGAGACCUCGUUCUAUUAUGACAAAGAGCUCAAGCGUUGGGUCAACAAGACUGGUGGCGCGGAGGCUACGAAGCCCGCUCAACCGCCGCCGCCUCCUCGUGCGCAGACAGCGUCUCCAGGUACUUCCAUGAGGGCGCUACCGUCGGGGACAACGCCGCCGCCACCACCCCCAGCGCGGCCUGCAACGACCGACCCCGGCGAUGGAAUGCCCAAACCCCCGAUGCGCAUUCGCUCGAACCUCGUCCCACCAGAGAGCGACAGCUCUGCACCGCCGACGCCCAUGUCGGCUACGCUACCUGGCCAGGGCCCGCCGCCUGCUAGUCGGUCGAGGGGUGCAGCGAAGCGGCCAGCAAGGAGUCGAUACGUAGAUGUGUUUGCCCAGCAGCAGGGCAGUUAG